AUGAAGAUCCAAAAGGAAUUGGGCUCGCUAGAUAAUGUUCCCCUCGCAAGUGAGCUGAAGAUUAAGUUGGGAAAGCUGCAGUGUAGCAGAGCAGCGAAGGUUCACUUUCAAAACUUCAGAGAUGAUGACAUGGUGCCCUUGUAUGAUGUCAAUUUGAAAUGUUGGAAUUGGGACUUCCCUUCAUCAGGGCUCACUCCAGCAGGAGCCCAGGAGACAAAUGAGUUUUCCUUUGGUCUUUAUCUCAAUGUUGUCUCAGAGGCCUUAUCAAUCGCAAAUCCCAACCUCAAACUUACUCAAGCAUCGCACAUUUGGUACUCAGAAUUUGCAACCCAUGCAGUUCCAACUCAAGAUAUCCAACGGAAGUCUGACCUAGUCCUAUCCGACCAUGUCGUCCAGCUGGGCUGGAACAAUUUCAUGUUCCAUGGACACCAAAGCUUACCUGUUGUUUCGUGGACAGCCAUGGCGCUGUUUUGUACUGCUAUUGUCCUUUUGCAAUCAAUACCGUGA